AUGACCCCGGUCACAAUGAUCCAGCAGUGGGCCAAGGACGCCAAGCAGACGCGCUCCGAGGUGUGGGACCGCAUGGACUCGCGACAGCUGACGCUGCUGGACCAAACGAUUCGGCCGUACCUGCCAUCGAGCUACCCGCCGCACCCGACAGACCCGCUGUUCGGCGAUAUUGCUGAAGGUACAGCUCUGCCACCCGCAGCACACCUGGUGUACUUCCCGUCGGCCAAGAGUGAGCAGUCUUUGUCGCCUGACGGCUACCAUGCAGCCGGAACUCCGCCCGCCCCCUUCAACCCACUGCGAGUGGGCUCGGCAGCCCAGCUGGUUAGUUCUAUCGAAGACAUCUCUGUCAAAGAGCGGGCAGAUGCGGACCCACUGGUGUUUGUCAAGUUCUUGCGCGAGACACGCAAUGAGCUGGGCCUGAGCAUGGUCGAGCGUCGCCAGCUCGUCUACAUGAAGCCGGUCGAGGUCCAGCGCAAGAUUAUUAUGCUGUUCCGAUACUCGGCGCUGACGUGGAACUCGCAUCGCAUCCACUACGACCACAACUACGCGUGCAAUAUUGAGAACCACCCAGGAUUGCUGGUGCAUGGGCCGCUGACGUGCACGCUGCUGUUGCAGCUGCUGCAGGCGAACAUGCCAAAAGGAUAUGUGGCCAAGUCGUUCGAGUACCGGGCAAUCAGCCCAAUGUACUGUCAGCAGUCACUGACACUGAAUGGCCGCUGGUCCCAGCGCAGCGAAGGCAGCGAGGCUGCUGAUGGGUCGCGCAUCUGCGAGCUGUGGUCUACAGACAACGAAGGCGGUAUCACCAUGAAGGGCACUGCUACUGUAGUUCCGGUUGCCGACAAGUGA